AUGGCAGGCGCGGAGCUCAGUAAGAAGCCGCCAAGGGAACCUGAGGAGGAUGGCUGGCCGCGGUUGAACCGGCGGGGAAGUGGAGUCGAAGAGGACACAGGAGGAGAUGAGGCGGAUGGAGCGAGGAGGAAAGAGGAAAGAGAAGCGCCGGCGAGGGUGGUGGUGGCUAUGGAGCUCACAGCUGAUUACCUCGCCACGCUCCUCGCAUGCCUCUGCCCGCCGCCUUCCUCCCUUUCUCCCCCUUCCGCUCCCCAUUCCGCUCCCCGUUCCGCUCCCUCUCCCCCUCUCCCUUCCGCUCCCCAUUCCGCUCCCCCUUCCGCUCCCCCUUCCGCUCCCACUUCCGCUCCCCCUUCCGCUCCCCCUUCCGCUCCCCCUUCCGCUCCCCAUUCCGCUCCCUCUUCUGCUCCCCCUUCCGCUCCCCAUUCCUCUCCCCCUUCCGCUCCCCCUCCCGCGUCACCUGCCCCGCGUCGUCCCAUCGCCGUGUGCCCCAUAGACGUGGUCUCGCUGCCUCCCCGCCGCUGCGCUGACCUCGCGUGGCGCUCCCAGCCGUGCCUCAUCGUGUGCCAGGCUGGGAGCGGGUGGCCGCAGGUGCGUGCAAGGGGGAGAGGCAGGCGCAGGGCGACUGGCGUCGGCGGCGGCGGCGGCGGUGGUGGUGGUGCUGCUGGUGCUGGUGGUGGUGGUGGCGCUGGUGCUGGUGCUGGUGUUGCUGCUGUUGCUGUUGCUGUUGGUGGUGCUGGUGGUGGUGAGGGGGAGAGCAAGGAUGCCGGCAGCAGCAAGGGUGGGGGUAUUUCAGGCAGAGAGGGGAGGAUGUGGGGGAAGAGAAGUGGCGGUGGCAAGGAGGUUCGUUGUGCUCGUGGAAGCGCGGUGUCAGCGUCAGCCGCAGUGGGUGGACAAGGUUUGGUGGGGAACACGCGGGAGGGGAGGUGCGGAGAGAUGGAGGAGGAGGAGGAGGAGGAGGAGGAGGAGGAGGAGGAGGAGGAGGAGGAGGAGGAGGAGGAGGAGGAGGAGGAGGAGGAGGAGAAGGAGGAGGAGGAGGAGGAGGAGGAGUGGGAGGAGGAGGAGGGUAGUGAGGAGUGGGAGGAGGAUGCGGAAGUGAAUUGGGAUGUCGAUCCCAUUCUUGGCAGACUGCCAGUGGCAGCAGCAGUGAAGGCAGCGGCGGUGCAGAGGGGGGCAGGUACUGCUACGUGA